UAUUUUUUUCUUGUUAUGAUUUCUCUCUAGGGUUUCAGUGGGUCUUCGUCAAAAUCAGAGAUUUUUCAGUUUCUGAUUCUUUUGUGGGCUUUGGACAGAUCAACUUGUGUAAUUCGUGGACUGAUUCUCCAAAAACAAACAAUGGAACGCAACGAGGAAGAAGCUAGAAGAGCAAUGGGUAUCGCUGAGAAGAAAGUGUUAGAGAAUGAUUACUACGGAGCCAAAACAUUUAUUAACCAGGCAAAGCAUUUGUAUCCAAAUCUAGAUGGUUUACACCAAGCCUUGAUUAUGAUCGAUGUUUAUAUCUCUGCAUCUACCAGCAAGGGAGGAAGAGAAGCUGAUUGGUAUGAGAUUCUCGGUGUAGAUCGCUUAGCUGAUGACGAAACCGUCAAGAAGCAGUACAAGAAGUUAGCCCUUUUGCUUCACCCGGACAAGAACAAGCUAAACGGUGCAGAAGGCGCGUUUAAACUGGUUUUAGAAGCUUGGUCUCAGUCAAGCACACAAGAGAUUGAAAAGAUGGUUUGAGCCUAAGCUUGAGUCUGAUUCUGUACCAAGAAAGGAGGAGAAAGUUAGUAACGUUACGUUUUGGACAGUGUGCAAUAGAUGCAAGACGUAUUGUAGAUUUGCCAGGUCUAGUUAUGUUAACAAGAUCUUGCCUUGUCCAAACUGUCGUCAAGAUUUCGUUGCCAACGAGAUUAUUCCAGAGGUAGUCAAUGGGAGUCCUGUCAUCAAAUUGAAUGCACAUUUUCGACCAACAUGCAAAAGCGCAAGUGGUGCUUCUUCUUCUUCUACAAGAGCUUCAGCACCUGGUUGCGCAAAAGCUGCUAAUACAGGACAGGAAUCAGUGAAAUAUUGGUUUGGGGAGUCAUGAGAGGCUUUGCAAGAAACGAUGACAGCAACAAGUUCAAAUUCUACUCUUGAAACAGAGAGGAUUUUCAAGAAACCAAAGAGAAGUAAGACGAUCAUAUUUAGAUGUUGAAUAGUACAGUUUUUUUUUCCUGUUACAUGGAUUUGUUUUGUUCAUCUUUAUG